CAUUUUUCUAAUUACUAAUCGACUGGACUGGCAGAAAUGGCAUUCAAUUAUCCCACCAUCGUUUAUCAAGCAAGAGGUGUUCAAUUUGGAUGUAUCAUAUUUCAAAUCUUUUUGCUUUACGCCAACAUUGACUACAUUGGUACUUUUAAAUUUAUCUUUUGUACAGCAGUGUGCCUUUACAAUCUUUACGUCACUGCCAGAAGAUGGUUUAAUAAAAUUGAUGGUCGUUACGACUUUGCUCAAAUGGUGAAAGAGUCUAACACUCAAGUUAGGCUUCAAUACGCUGCAGAAGUGUUUUCACCGCUGGUAUUGGGAUUACUGGUUUUUCUGAUAAUAACUUUGCCUGGAUAUAACUUCUUCUGGACAUUGGCUUCUUGUGUACAAAUUGCAGCAGCAAUGCUCAUUCUCGCCUUGGAAGUGCAAGAAACUGUUAUGAAAAAGUGAUACUCGAUGAAUAAAGAAAU